GGAGAAAAACUCUUAGGAUGGAUUAAAUUAUCCAAUUAAUAUUCUGUAAAACUCUCCUGCAAGAUCUGUUAGGUAAACGACCAACCUUGUGAUGCUCUGUCUCGACUCUAGAGCGAGCAAACGCAACAAACAUAAUUCCGCUGUAACUUUCUUUAUAUCCCUCGCCCUCUCUCAGUAGUGAACUUUUUCCCGGGAAAAAUAAAAUAAAAAGCUUUUGCUUUUGGAGCAAAAAUUGGUUGGGAGAGGAAGAAAGAAACCGACUUUUUGCAGAAGCCGAAUGUGGGUUUUAUUUUAUGGAUGGAUUGCUUUAUAGUCAGCCAUACCCACUUUUCUGUAUUUCCUUUUUACAGUUUAGAUUAAAAAGAUAGCUUUUUGCCACCGAUUUUCGCUGCCAUUUCUUUUUAACCCAGAAGAAAGCUUUGGAUUUUAAAGCUCUCUACCCAGACUACUCUCUGGGUCUCUGAUUUCUUUUCUCUUCCUUUUUUAAUUGUGGGUGUUUGGUGGAGGAAAAGGUCGGGAAGCUGACUCGAGGAAUUCAAAGGCUUUUUUAAUUAAAAGAUUAAGGAUUUGGGCGUUGAUUAUUGAGUUUUACAGUUCAUACCUUGUCACCAAAACGCGUUACUUCUCCGUGUUGAUUUCUUUAUGUGCUUUCUUCUGCUUCUUUGUUGUCUUUGUUGUUGCUUAUUACUGUCGCAAUCGGAUCUGCGUUUGGCUUUGCGCUCUGACAUUCUUGCGGGUAUUGCACAUUAUCUCUUCCUUGUUUGUUGGAAUCUUUGCUUCUCUGUUCGGUUCCUGAGAAGAAACGAAAAGGACACAGAAAAACUAAGAAGAAUAACACGAAAAUUAGGAUUUUUCUUUUCUGGGUAAGCUGAAUUCAUGCUUAACAGUGGCAUCUUAUAGAAAGUUGAAUCUCUAUGUUUGGCGUUUGGUGUUCAAAAUUUUGGUUGCCAAAUGAUGGAAUAUGCUAGAUCAGCUGUGAGUUGCUGGCGAAGUGUUCGAUUUUUCUUUGUUAUAAUUGGGGGUUUGUGCUAAUUGCAUUUGUGAUACUCAGAGAGGCCACUGAUUAUAAAAAUUUGUAGGAUUAUUUAGGUGCUUAGCAUUAGUAUGCUUUUGAGGCAAAAAGUUUGAUAGUUUGAAGGUCUUGGGCCUCUGGCAAAGACAGUGGUGAGGUAGUUAUGGCGUCUGGAGAAGGGAGGCGUCACCAUCAUAAUCUGGUGCCUCUGGCUGCACUGAUCAGCAGAGAGCUGAAGAGUGAGAAGAUGGAGAAGCCUACUGUCAGAUAUGGGCAUGCAGCUCAAUCCAGGAAAGGGGAGGAUUAUUUUCUGAUCAAGACUGAUGGUCAGCGAGUCCCUGGAAAUUCUUCAUCGACAUUUUCUGCAUUUGCGAUCUUUGAUGGGCACAAUGGAAAUGCAGCAGCAGUAUAUACAAGGGAGAAUUUGUUAAAACAUGUAUUGGGUGCUAUUCCCCGUGGGCUAGGAAGGGAGGAGUGGCUCCAAGCUUUACCUCGGGCCUUGGUUGCUGGGUUUGUGAAGACUGAUAAGGAUUUCCAGAGUAGAGGAGAAACUUCUGGUACAACAGCUACCUUUGUAAUAGUUGAUGGAUGGACUGUAACAGUGGCAUCGGUAGGAGACUCCCGCUGUAUCUUAGAUACUCAGGGUGGUGCUGUUUCCACCUUAACUGUCGAUCAUAGACUUGAAGAGAAUGUAGAGGAGAGGGAGCGUGUUGCUGCAAGUGGUGGGGAAGUUGGAAGGUUGAGCAUUAUUGGCGGUGCAGAGAUUGGUCCCCUUCGUUGUUGGCCAGGGGGUUUAUGCCUUUCUAGGUCAAUUGGAGACAUGGACGUUGGGGAGUUUAUAGUUCCGAUACCAUAUGUGAAACAAGUCAAGCUAUCAAAUGCUGGUGGGAGGCUUAUAAUUGCUUCUGAUGGCAUCUGGGAUGCUCUAUCCUCAGAAAUGGCAGCACAAUCUUGCCGUGGGUUGCCUGCUGAACUUGCUGCUAGACAAGUUGUGAAGGAAGCCUUAAGGUCAAGGGGUCUAAAGGAUGAUACAACCUGCAUUGUGGUUGACAUAAUUCCUCCUGACCAUUCAGUACAGCCUUCAACUCCACCCAAAAAGCAGAACAAGCUGAGGACGCUGUUUUUCAGGAAGAAGUCACGCGAUUCUGCUAAUAAACUAUCCAAGAAGCUAUCAGCUGUGGGUAUUGUGGAGGAAUUAUUCGAAGAAGGGUCUGCCAUGCUUGCUGAAAGGCUGGGCAGUGAUGAGUGCACAGCACAAUCUACAACAUCUGGGCUGUUUAUGUGUGCUGUAUGCCAAGUUGACCUUGCACCGAGUGAGGGCAUAUCUGUUCAUGCUGGCUCUAUCUUCUCCACCAGUUCAAAGCCUUGGCAAGGGCCUUUCCUUUGUUCUGAUUGUUGUGACAAGAAGGACGCCAUGGAAGGAAAACGCCCGAGCGGAGUCAAAGUAGCGUAACUUGUUUGAUAUUGUUUCGCCACCAUUCUUUUAACCCUUCAUUCCCAUUUUUUUGUAAUCCAUUUUCGUAGGCCCAAGCAAUAUUGUUUGAAUCUUACUUGAAUGAUGCAUGAAAUGUAUAUGUAAAUUUGAUAAAUAAUAUGAAAUGAGUUUUGGGAACUGAGCAA